GAUAUCGCAAACAAACGUAUUUAAAGAAGUUGAGAACGUUUUCGUUCUGAAAAUGUCGCUCAUUUUCGCUUUAUUUGUUAUUUUGCGUUUCUUAUUUAAUAUUAUGGAAAGUGGGACCGAGAGUAACGAUAUUUUGGGGGAAAGACUCCAAAAAGGCCAAAAACUGAAUUACUACUGGAACGUACCGACAUUUCAGUGUGAUUCCCACAAGUUGAACUUUUCAGGCCUUGCUGAAAAAUACGGAAUUAUUCAGAACGAAAACGAUCGGUUCCGAGGCAACGAAAUUGUGAUAUUAUACGACCCUGGGAACUUCCCCGCCUUGUUGAAAGACGGGAGUAAGAUGAUGAAACGCAACGGGGGAGUCCCCCAGGAGGGUAAUCUCACCCUCCACUUGACUCUCUUCGAGGAACUCCUUACCGAACUCAUCCCUGAAGAUUUUUCAGGUUUGGGAAUAAUCGAUUUUGAGAGUUGGCGUCCGAUUUACCGGCAAAAUUUCGGCUCGUUGUCCCCUUACAAAGACCUCUCCGUCGAGAUCGAGCGCCAGAGUCACCCCUUUUGGCCGAAAUUCCUCCUGGAGAAGGAGGCAACUCGCAGGUUUGAGUUCCACGCGAGGAAGUUCAUGGAGGAGACGCUUUUCGUAGCUAAAAACUUGCGAAAGAACGCCACAUGGGGGUACUAUGCGUAUCCGUACUGUUUCAACAUGUCGCCAAACAACAUGAAGGUGGAGUGCCCCAACGAGGUGCAAAAGGAGAAUGAUAGAUUGGAAUGGUUGUUUCAAAUGAGCGAUAAUCUCCAUCCUUCGAUUUAUUUCGAUGGGAGAUUGAGUGCAAAAGAGAAGAUUCAGAUGAUUGAAGGAAGGAUCAAUGAGGCGCAUCGGGUGGCCACCUAUGUCAAAACCAGGACGCAUCGGCCAAAAAUUGUGCCUUAUUUCUGGUACAAGUACCACGGAGGACAAGUUUUUCUCACAAAAGAAGAUCUCUUCAAUGCGGUUUUGACCUUGUCCACUUCUGAUAUUGACGGUGUGGUGAUUUGGGGCAGUAGCAAUGAUGUUAAUACGAAAAACAAAUGUCUGGAUUUGUACGAAUAUGUUGAUAAUGUUUUAGGGCCAAGUCUAGUCAAUAAUUUUUAGUUGAAAUAAAUUUUACGAGUUCAAAUUUUUAA